AUGGAAAAUUUAUUUUGCUAAGUUCAUCCUGAUAUUCCAUUUUUCGAUCUGAAAAAAUACCAUUAGACUAAAUUAAUAGCAUCUUCGAAUAAUAGAGUGUACCUUUAUAAAUUUUUGAAUCAAGCUGUUGCUGUUAAAGAGGUUAUAUUACAAUAAUUAGAAAAUGAACAAAUAGAAAAACUAAAAAAACAAUAUCAAAUAUAGAAAGGAUAUAGCGAAACCAUCAUAUAAAUCUACGGAAUGGCUAUGCAACAAUAAUAAAGAUUUUCAGGGAAAUUUUAAACAAUUGUAUUCAUUUGCAUGGAAUAUAUGCAAUAUUGCUUAUAAGAUCAUAUUGAAUUGAUUAGAAUGGAAUAGUUACCAAUCAAUAAAAAUUCUCUUGCAAGUUUAUUAAAAUCUACAGUUUAAACUCAUGCUUAUUUAUAAUCUAUUCAUUUGUGUCACGGAGAUAUAAAGCCAUAAAAUAUCCUGAUCAAUGAUAGAAUUAAUCCAACCCAAUUUAAAACUUGUGAUUUUGAUAAUAUGAUUUAGCUUGUUCAUUCUAAAUUAUAGCCUUGCAUAUUUUCGACGAAAUAAUACCAUGCACCAGAAAUCUAAUAAGCCAUAAAAGAGGGUUUGGAGUCAUUUAAUUAUAAUCCAUACAAAGCAUAAGUUUAUAGCUUGGGUUUAUGUUUGAUUUAAAUGCAUCCUUAAAUAGAUUUUCUUAAAAUUAAUCAUAUCACUUUUAUGCUAAUUGAAUAAGUUUAUGGUUCUUAAAUUUAGAUUUUGAUUUCAAAAAUGCUAGAUCCAAUAAAUUAUAACAGACCUGACUUUUUUGAAGCUUUGUCAUAUUUGAACAAGAAUUCUAUAGCGAACAUAUCAACAGAAUAAUUAGAAUAUUAAGGAAAUGAAAUAUUAAAAAGUUAGAAUUCAUAUUUUCGAAACACUCCAGAUAUGUUUGAUACUUUAAGAAGAGAAUCAAAAUAUCCGAACUAAUUAUAUGAUAGUGUUGAUACAACGUCUGAUUUUCUAAUAUUGGGUUAAGUGAAUUUGUCAAAUGAGGAAGAAACUACUUUUUCUGAUGAUCAUAUAACAUCCAAAGUUGGAACAAGAAGUACUUAGAAAUACUUUUGCAAUUCCAAAUAUAUAACCAAAACCAAUAUUAUGAUUUUUUGUUCAAUUUUACUUUUACUAGUAUUGUUUAUCCUUUUAUUAAUGUAUCUAAUGUGAUAUAUUUUAGUUUAUGUUUAUUAAAAAAUUAUCAAAUUUUCACAGAAA